AUGUCGUCGACUUUGACUUUGGACACUAUACCAAAAGUUGACAUUGAUAGUUCGGGUAUUUUUAAAUACAUCCUAAUGAAUGUUUACGAUAAAAAUAAAGAAGAGAAACCACCGGUGAUAAUUGUGAGAGGCUAUAAACGCUGCAACUAUCAUUCAGAUAUAUACGAUGAGGUUCAAGAAAAACUGCAUCCCCUUGAUUGUGAAGUUUUGGGUGGAGGAAGAAUUUCCCAUGAUUCUGACUUGAAGCAAAUUCAAAUUUAUGGAUAUUCACAGGGAUAUGGGAAAGCAGACCAUGAUAUCACAGCAAAGAUAAUAAAAGAUUUUUAUACUGACUAUACAAUCACAACCAGUGAUGAAGGAUAUUAA